CAUGUUGUAGUGGCAGAACUCAUCCUGGCUGUAGAACUGAGCAUACCUGAAACAUCACCAUGGAAACAAGACGCGAUCACAUCAAGUCUGAAGACUCAUCCCCAGUUGGAUCUGGUCUUCAGUCCAUCACAUGUUCACAACACAGCUUUUUCCCCACUACAUCACAAGUCAAACAUCACCACCUAGUGGCCAACUGACUCAUUACACUGCUGCUUCGUUCCACAGGGGCUUUUUUCUUCACUAAUCAGCUACAAUUACACACAUUUCUAACAGGUUUGAUCACAGCGGUUUCACCCAUCUGUUUUUUACUGGUGGUGGGGGGAGAAGCAGGCGUAGAACCUCCAAGUCCUAGACUCGUCACCACACAAGCUAAACAUUUUUUAACAUACCUCCAUUAAGUUGCCUAAUACUUUAAUUAAUCACACAGUUUAUAAUUAUCCUGUUUGAACUUCGAGGUGUCUGUGCGUGAGGUCAGGGUCAAUGGUCAGAGGAUGUCCCGUCUCUUCCACAUUAGGGAUUAAACUGAGGUGAAUUAAGAUUCCAGGCUUCCUAAAGGAACAUGUCUUGGUGGGUUUUUACAGCGGGGAGCUGAAAAAAACUCACCCAGAACACAAGCAAACACAGGAUGAGGUGUGGAUCCAGGAAACCAGCAGGCGGGUUCAGGGUGCAGGUAGCAACCUGUCACACGCGCCACGCCCCUCUGACCUACUUCUACAUUCCUUCGAUGACACGUCAGGGAGACGGGUGGACGGGUCCCAGGUAAGACACUUUAUCAAAGAAAACAGCCAGACUGCACGUUCAGGACGUUUCAGUGUGAACAGACGUGAGGGAGCGACUACCAAAACGCACCCAUAGAGCUAAAUGCAGACCAGCGUGAGCUAUAAAAUACACACCGCGCGCAGCCUACAAGAGCAUCUCACUAAACUACAAUAUCAUGAAAAACAGUUUGUCAGGUAUUUCAUAUACUCAAGACCCUCUACAAGUAAACUGAACUGUUCAAUCCAUCAUCUUGGCUUUUCUAUUUUUAAUUAAUUUAUAUCAAGUUGGAGAGAUGUGCUUUGAGUUUGAGUUUAAGGAAGAUAACUUUAGAAAUUUUAUAUCGAAAAUCCUGAUUUACUUUUUGUAUUUGAAAUGGCAUAAACAAAAUAAAAUAUGUGAAAUAUGAAGGGACUGAAUACGUUUGGAGUGAACUGAAUAUAAAAUGUUUACUUUUUUAAAUAACUGGAGGAAAAAUAUGGAACUUUUCCCAAAACAUUCAGAUUUUUGUGAAGCUCCUGUAUGUGUUCAUUCUGUAAAACCUGUGGAGAGAUGUAGUCUGGAUCAGGCUUUUACAGCCGUCUGAAAAACUGAAAACUGGUUUUUACUCAUCAAAUGACAAGGUGUACAACGACUGAAACACGUGAACAUUUCCAGACAUGGAAGAAGAAAAGGAGGACCCAAAAGUCCAGAGCGAUCUUGGAGUGGUCUCUGCAGGAAGCCAGCAUGGACUUCAGGAUGGACUGAGCUUCACUCCACUGGACUCCAACGAAGAGACUGUUCAGCCGUUCCCACGCUCACCAAAACUACAAAGACACAGAGUCACGGCUGGACGUCUGUCUGAGGAGCAGCUGCGCAGACAGCAGGAGGAGCUGCAGGCGGAGAAGGUGAAGGUUGAGGCUCACAUUCAGUCUCUGAAGAAACGGAGGGCAGAUCUGUCUAGGAGCACAGAGGUGAUGAAGCAACAGCUACGGGAGCACUUCCAGAGCAUGCAGACCAUCCUCAAGCAGGACGAACAGACAGUCCUGGACUCUCUGGAGCUGGAUUUGAGACAGACACGGAACAGACUGGACCAGGUCCUCAAGAACUGGACUCACCACCUGACCCAGGUGACGGAGAGUAUCAGCACCACCCAGAAACAACUGAGCAAGACCACAGAGGAAGAACAGGAGGCGAGGACCAGAGUCCAGGACAGUCCACCAGAGCAGUUUAAGAGCAGAGGACAUCAAUUGUGUUCCAGUUUGAAGAAACUGCAUGCCUCAGAGGAAGACAUUCGACUGGACAAAGAGCACUUUGAGAGGCUCCUCAGGUCGCUCAACUCCAUCUCCAAAACCCUGAGAGCCCAGCUGCAGCGCAAGACCCUUAUGCUAGACUGGUCCCCCGUGGUGAUUGACAGGCAGACCUCCCACAGUCAGAUUGCAGUGACUUCAGAGGGGCGUGGCCUGUCCUUCUUAGCAUCCAGCCCUUCAGCUCCAGAGCACCCCCUGCAGUUUGACAAGGUCUGCUGUGCUUUGGCUUCAUCUCCUGUCACAGCCGGCCGACACUACUGGGAAGUGGACGUGCACUGCUGCUCUGCCUGGGCUGUGGGUGUGGCCUACGGCAGCCUUGAGAGGAAAGGGAGGGAUAAGGGUACCAAACUGGGCCGGAACAGAAACUCCUGGUGCGUGGAGUUUCGCAACAGUCGCCUUUCUGCCUGGCACAAUGACCGCCACAUGGUGUGUCACGGCACCAGGCCAGCAUCGCCAGGCAGAGUGGGCGUGUGGGUCAACUACAACAAAGGCCAGCUGACCUUUUACGAUGCGGAAACCAUGUUGGUCUUACAGAGGUUCUCAGCCGCUCUGACGCCGGUGUUUGACAGGGCCCAUCACCAAUUCACAGAACCACUGUACCCGGCCAUGCGCUUCUUGAGACCACCAGAGAACCAGAUGUGGCCAAACCACAUGGAGUUUUGUAGCCUGAACACUGUGCCAUUCUAGCCAUGUUCCAGACUGGUUUCUGUCCAUGUGUUUGUACAGACAAAGAUCCCAUUAUAAAAAAAAAAAACAACAACAAAAAAAACUGAAACCAACCUGAAGUCGAU